AUGAAGGAGGAGAUCUUCGCUGAUCGGCUGCCCAAGUGCACGGCAUGCAAGAAAAUUGUGAAGCCGGAUAUUGUUUUCUUAGGAGAAGACUUGCCCGAGAAGUUCCACAAAAGUUUGGAUGGAGACUUCAAGGAGUGCGAGCUGCUGACCAUCAUGGGCACCUCGCUAGAAUUGCAUCCGUUUGUAGCUUUGGCGCAGUACCCUGGACCGCGCUGUGUGCGUCUCUUGAUCAAUCGCGAUGCCGUGGGUUGUCCCAAGUUUACCACCUGGAUGGAGGACCAAAAUAACGACUGUCUGCGGCAGCAUCCACUUGGCACUGGGCUCGACACGAACAGCGAGUCAUGUAUUGACUUAGCGGAGCAGCAUUCAAAUGCCACUUUCACCCACCUACGUUGA